ACGGGAAAUGCCAUACGCAUGCGUAUUUCCGGUUGAGAACGACGGCGAAAGGGAAAAGAGCUUCUUUCGCACGGCAGGGAGGGCGUCAAGACGCGUGCGCAGUGCGUGUUAUGGAAAUAGUGCUCCGGAGCGUGAAUUUUCUGGCGCGGCCGGAAGUGUCCGGAGAGAUUUGAGUGGAGCGUCCGAUUAGCCUCCCCUCACCCAUUGCGGGCGCUAUGGAACCGGGAGCUUGAGGGCGAAGCUGAUGCCUUUAGCCCAGACAUGUUAGCUGCUCCCCUCAGUGCAGGUACAGACUUCUCUGGAGCAUAAAGGCACUAUGUACUCAGAGUGGAGGUCCCUACAUCUUGUAAUUCAAAAUGAUAAGGGUCACACCAGUGUACUUCAUAGCUAUCCUGACAGUGUGGGGAGAGAGGUGGCAAAUGUUGUUGUGCGCCCUCUUGGCCAAGCUUUGAAUGCUUCACUACCAGCUGAGAGUGUAUUGAAAACAGACAAAGAAGUAAAAUGGACCAUGGAGGUAGUUUGUUAUGGCCUUACGCUGCCUUUAGAUGGCGACACAGUAAAGUACUGUGUUGAUGUUUAUACAGACUGGAUUAUGGCUCUGGUUUUACCAAAAGAUUCCAUUCCUGCACCCAUUGUGAACGAGCCAAAUCUUUAUGUUCAGAUCAUUCUCAAACAUCUGCAAAAUCUCUUUGUACCAAGGCAGGAUCAAGGUUCCAGUCAGGUUAAACUGUGUUUGCAAGUUUUGAAAGCUGUGCAGAAAUUGGCUCAUGAGUCGACCACCAUGGCUCGAGAAACAUGGGAGGUUUUAUUAUUAUUUCUGCUACAAAUUAAUGACACUCUGCUGGCAGCUCCAACAGUGCAAGGUGGAAUUGCUGAGAAUCUGGCUGAGAAGUUGAUUGGUGUGCUGUUUGAAGUCUGGUUGCUGGCCUGUAACCGGUGUUUUCCCACACCACCUUACUGGAAAACUGCCAAAGAGAUGGUAGCAAACUGGCGGCAUCAUUCUGCAGUGGUGGAGCAGUGGAGCAAAGUAAUCUGUGCCCUGACAGCCAGAUUGCUGCGUUUUACAUAUGGACCUUCAUUUCCACCUUUUAAAAUUCCUGAUGAAGAUGCCAGUCUGAUUCCUCCAGAAAUGGAUAAUGAGUGUGUUGCCCAGACUUGGUUCCGCUUUUUACAUAUGCUCAGUAAUCCUGUGGAUUUGAGUAAUCCAGCGAUUAUAAGCUCUACCCCCAAGUUUCAGGAACAGUUUCUGAAUGUGAGUGGAAUGGCUCAGGAAUUGAAUCAGUAUCCCUGCCUUAAACAUCUGCCUCAAAUAUUCUUUCGUGCUAUGCGUGGGAUCAGUUGCUUAGUGGAUGCAUUUCUAGGUAUUUCACGGCCAAGAUCAGACAGUGCUCCACCCACACCAGUAAAUAGACUUAGCAUGCCCCAAACUGCUGCUGUCAACACAACUCCACCUCACAAUCGAAGGCAUCGAGCUGUAACUGUAAAUAAGACAAUGAAAAACAGCACAGCUAGCACGGCUCAUUCUUCCAAAGUCCAACACCAGCCAUCCUCCACUUCUCCACUGUCUAGCCCAAACCAGACUGGUUCUGAGCCUCGACCUCUUCCUGCUCCCCACAGGCCAAAGGUUAACAGUAUCUUGAACCUCUUUGGAUCAUGGUUAUUUGACGCAGCAUUUGUUCACUGUAAACUUCAUAAUGGAAUAAACAGAGACAGCAGUAUGACUGCUAUAGCAACACAAGCUAGCGUGGAGUUUCGGCGGAAAGGGUCGCAAAUGUCUGCAGACACAAUGGCGUCCAAUCCCAUGUUUGAUGCAGGUGAAUUUUCGGACAACUAUGAUGCAGGCAGAGCAGAGGCGUGUGGAACACUUUGUAGGAUAUUUUGUAGCAAGAAGACUGGGGAGGAUAUACUACCAGCCUACUUAUCUCGAUUUUACAUGCUUUUAAUUCAGGGUUUGCAGAUUGCGGAUUCUGUUUGCCAUCCAGUUCUGGCUAGCAUUAUUCUAAACUCACCUGCAUUGUUCUGCUGUGACCUGAAAGGGAUUGAUGUCUUAGUUCCUUACUUCAUUUCAGCCCUUGAAACUAUCUUACCUGACAGGGAACUUUCCAAGUUUAAAUCAUACGUGAAUCCCACAGAGCUAAGAAGAGCCUCUAUCAACAUCUUACUCUCCUUGUUGCCUCUUCCUCAUCAUUUUGGAACAAUAAAAUCAGAGGUUGUUCUGGAAGGAAAAUUCAGCAAUGACGACAGUUCAUCAUAUGAUAAACCAGUAACCUUCCUUUCCUUGAAACUGAGGCUUGUGAAUAUACUUAUAGGAGCACUGCAGACAGAAACAGACCCCAAUAACACACAGAUGAUAUUAGGUGCAAUGUUAAACAUUGUACAAGAUUCAGCACUUCUCGAAGCCAUUGGCUGCCAGAUGGAGAUGAAUGGUGAAAAUAAUAUCUUGAAAAGCCACAGUCGCACAAACAGUGGCAUUAGCACCGCAAGUGGAGGAAGCACAGAGCCUACUACUCCUGACAGUGAGAGACCAGCGCAAGCUCUCCUAAGAGAUUAUGCUCUUCAUACAGAUACAGCAGCUGGACUCCUGAUUCGCAGCAUACAUUUGGUAACACAAAGGCUCAACGGGCAGUGGAGGCAAGAAAUGAGCAUCUCGUUGGCUGCAUUAGAACUUCUUUCUGGUUUGGCCAAGGUGAGAGUUGCUGUUGAUUCUUCUGACAGGAAGAGAGCAAUUAGCUCAGUGUGCUGCUACAUUGUGUAUCAGUGCAGUCGUCCUGCCCCUCUCCACUCCCGAGAUCUGCACUCCAUGAUAGUAGCAGCAUUCCAGUGUCUCUGUGUCUGGCUCACUGAACAUCCAGACAUGCUUGAUGAAAAGGACUGCUUAAAAGAAGUGUUAGAGAUUGUGGAAUUAGGCAUCUCAGGAAGUAAAUCCAGAAACAGUGAGCAAGAGGUCAAAUAUAAAGGAGAUAAAGAACCAAACCCUGCUUCUAUGAGGGUGAAGGAUGCAGCUGAAGCUACACUUACAUGUAUUAUGCAAAUACUUGGAGCUUUUCCUUCUCCCAGCGGCCCUGCCUCCCCUUGCAGCUUGGUGAAUGAGAUCACUUUAAUUAAAUACUCCCGUCUGCCUUCCAUAAACAAAUACAGCUUUCGAUACUUUGUUCUGGAUAACAGUGUCAUCCUUGCGAUGUUGGAGCAGCCCCUAGGGAAUGAGCAAAAUGACUUUUUCCCUUCAGUCACAAUUCUGAUCCGUGGGAUGUCUGGGCGACAUGCGUGGGCCCAGCAGCUUUGUCUUUUGCCAAGAGGAGCCAAAGCAAAUCAAAAGAUGUUUGUCCCAGAACCUCGUCCUGCGCCCAAGAAUGAUGUUGGACUCAAAUAUAGUGUGAAACAUCGGCCAUUUCCUGAGGAAGUGGACAAGAUUCCUUUUGUAAAAGCUGACCUGAGCAUUCCAGACUUACAUGAAAUAGUUACUGAGGAACUUGAAGAGAGGCAUGAGAAGCUGAAGAAUGGGAUGGAACAGCAAGUUCUCUAUGAGAAGUCUAUAGAGCAGCAGAUGGAAGAAGAGUGGCGGAAGAAGAGUUUCCCUGAUCCCAUCACAGAGUGCAAGCCACCGCCUCCUGCACAGGAAUUCCAAACCGCGCGCCUCUUCCUCUCUCACUUCGGAUUUCUGUCACUAGAAGCAUUGAAGGAACCUACUAACAGUAGACUACCUCCUCACCUGAUUGCACUUGAUUCUUCCUUACCUGGCUUUUUUGAUGACAUUGGCUACUUGGAUCUGCUGCCGUGUCGCCCCUUUGAUACAGUUUUCAUUUUCUACAUGAAGGCAGGCCAAAAAACAAGCCAAGAAAUCUUGAAGAAUGCAGAGUCUUCCAGGAGUGUUCAGCCACACUUCCUAGAGUUUUUGCUCUCUCUUGGUUGGUCAGUUGAUGUAGGAAAACACCCUGGAUGGACAGGACAUGUUUCAACUAGUUGGUCCAUUAACAGCUUCUGUGAUGACGAGGGAAUUGAACAAGAUGAAGUAAUCUCUUCAGAAGAUGUUGGGGCAAAUAUCUUCAAUGGACAGAAGAAGGUGCUAUAUUAUGCAGAUGCCCUUACAGAAAUAGCUUUUGUUGUCCCCUCACCUCUGGAGUCCUUGACCAAUUCAUUAGAAAGCAAUGUCUCUGACCAGGAGAGUGACUGUAAUGUGGAUCUUCUACCUGGAGUAAUAAAGCAGCCAGCAUUGACCCUCGAGCUCUUUCCCAAUCAUACAGAUAAUCUCAGUUCUUCACAAAGGCUCAGUCCUACUUCCAGAUCAAAGAGGUUGCCUCAGGGUCGGGCUGUUCCCCCAAUGGGACCUGAAACCAAGGUGUAUGUGGUCUGGGUUGAACGCUAUGAUGAUAUAGAGAACUUUCCUCUCUCUGACUUGGGUUCAGAGACCAGUACUGGAGUAGAAACAACUGCAAACAGCAGCACUUCACUGAGAUCCACUGCUCCUGAAAAAGAAGUUCCAGUGAUCUUCAUCCAUCCUCUAAACACUGGCCUGUUUAGAGUAAAAGUGCAAGGAGCUACUGGGAAAUUCAACAUGGUCAUCCCACUGGUGGAUGGGAUGAUAGUUAGCAGACGAGCUCUAGGUUUCUUAGUGAGACAGACAGUAAUAAACAUUUGUCGAAGAAAAAGGCUGGAAAGCGACUCGUACAAUCCUCCUCAUGUCCGCCGAAAACAGAAAAUAGCUGACAUUGUCAAUAAAUACAGGAACAAACAGCUGGAGCCGGAAUUUUAUACCUCCCUUUUCCAAGAGGUUGGGCUAAAAAACUGCAAUCCUUAGACCAAUAUCCUUCUUGAACAAUUAGAUCAGAGCUUGGUGUCUACUGUAAUGAAAAGGAAAAAAACCCGAUCUUCCCCAUCUUGGAACUCCUGUAUAAAGAAACCACAACUUGAGCAUGACCUCUGCUUUUGCUGCAAGGAAGAAAUGGGGACUGGAUCUGGGUCCUCACCCUGCAGGUCUCUGAAUACAGCCCCACAUCACCAACUUCUGCAGAGGGAUAAGCUGUAACAUCUUUCACCAUCAAGCAUUACUUAGCAGUAGUCACUAUUAGUAAAUGUCUGACACAGAGUGUGAGCUACAUUUUGCAUAGCUCAUAGUGUCCCACAGUUGCAUAAAGUGCCCUGUUCUGGGCAUAGAGCUAAUGUCUAGAGUUUCAAAUUUAGCUUCUCGAGCAGGUUAGGUUCAAGGGCAAGUUCUCUCAGAGACCACAACAAUUGCAAGGCAGCUUUUGUGCAGUUCACUAAAUUCUUCUUGCUUGCCCACUUCAUGACCAGUCCUGGUGCCAGACUUUUGUCAUUAUUCUCCCCCCCCCCUCCACCGGUCAGAAAGCUCCAGUGGCUCACCUUAGAAUCUGAGGUGUAUGCACCAUAGCUCUGUUGCUCAGAGUUUGUUCACCAGUAUGGAUUACUGUCACUGCUGCUGGGAUCUGUUUUAAUAUGAACAUCCUGAGCAGGAGGGGAAGGGAGUGAUAACUACCUUGGGCCAAGGAUAGACAUUUAGGUCACUAACCAACUUUGGGGCAUCGAUAUGCUGCCUGUAUAGUGAUUGUUUCCUGUGUCUGAGUUCAUGACCAGCACUUAGUUUCAUGUUUGUCUUCUGGGUGGCAGUUCCUUUUUUUUUUUUUACUGUUAUAAAAAAAGUAAUAUAAUCAUUACAGAGGAGGAUGCAAUUGGAAUGUGUCCAUCUCUGUACUCAGGGAUGGAAAACUGGCACCACCACAAGGAACCAUCUAUGAGUAUGAAAGCAUUUCCUUGGUCUCAUUUCACUUCAUUGGUUGCUAUGUUUUGUGUUAGAGGAAACAGACACAAAACUUGUUUUGGGUAGAAGCCCUAUGUCACAUCAAGUUCUGGCUUUUGAGAAAGGAAAAAAAAAAUUCUAUGGGUUUUCUUGCUGUUGAAAUCUAGAUCUGAGGCAGAACACCACUAUUUUAACGGAACUCUUUUGAUGCUGCUAAACGGUUUAAAAAUUAGCCUAUGCCUUUUAGUCUUUCAAAAGAGUAUCUAUAAAAUCCAUACUUGAAGAAAGUGGUUUCUCUGAGUAGUACUUUUAGAGAUGACUGAGAAGGCAACCGAUUCUAAACAAAUUAAUCAUGUUUCUUGAGAAGUACACCUAUUGACUUCAAUGGGACUUGCUUCCAAGUAAGCAUAAGAUAUUUAAACCAACAGGAAUUAAAUUCCUGUGUUGCCAGCUUGGCGUGUUGCUUUUGGAACUUCUUUCUGUUGUGACUCCGUAAAACCAUUAGCUGCAGAGUGAUGCAUGUUGGCCAGAAACCUUUGCGAUGAUGAUGCUUAAUUGCGGGAAGUUGCUGCAGGUGUCCACAGUUAAAAUGUUAAUUAUACCUACUCAGAAAGAUGCACCAUCAAGCUCAGUGGGAUGCUUCAUAGAAAAUGUGUUCAAGAUUUAAGUGCCAGCAUAUCUGUAUGUUUUCAGCUGCUUUUGGAACAUAACUGAGAAAUUCCAUAGGGUGGCUAGCUUUCAGUGUUAGGUAUCCCUUGCUAUUAUACCUUUUGUUUUCAGAAUUAAUACAUAUGCAGGUGGUUCAUAAGUGAUCAUACAGUAUCUUUGCUUUUAUUUGUUCAUCUUUGUUAAUGAGCUCCUGCUUCCCCAGAUUAGUUCAUGGCCAGUAAUUUUAUUGCAGCACACAGAAUUCUCUCCCAGUGUUAGCAAACAAGUCUCUGGGCCUUUACAUUGUCAGAAUCAAAUAAGUUUGGUAUAUUCAUUUCCUAUGCCCAAGUACUCCUGUAGCACAGAAUGAGAACAUUGACACUGUUGUGCUUGAUAACCAUAUUUAAAGUCUUUGCAAAACUGUUGACCUCCACUGGUCUGUGCCUUUUCCUUUUUAUAUUCAGUCAUUGUGGUGGGUUAGGCUGGAAGCUUUAAAAACCUUGACUUUUGUAAGGAAUAUGAAAAACAACUACAGAGUACAGUUUUGCAUAGUUAGACCUGUAUGUCUAAAUAUUAAUAUGCAAGAUACUAUUUAAGAGAAGAAUAUAUGAGAGAAGAAUUAGUUGCCCUUUGUAUCAUUAAGAUAAUAAGAAAACAGAUUUUCGAAAUAGGCUCUUAAUUUUUAAUGCUUUGGUACGUAAUUAAAUUGGGCCAAAGCAGUAGACAUGACCAGUUGUGGAGUAACUUGUGAAGCAAAAAUGUAUGGGAAUCAGACUGUUCAUUUGGUAGCUUUGCACGAAUUUCCAGUGACUGAGGUAUUCUAAAACAGCUCCUUGUAGAAGUACUGUCUUUGUGACUCUUAUAGUAAGGAAAGUCUGUCUUUGUACAAGGGAUACCUUUGUUCAUACAAGCUGUCAUUGUAGCUUUUUAAGGAGAAAAGUGACAUGUGAAGAAUAUCCCAAAGGGCCUUAGACAUCUAUACAAAAGACUGAGCAAUGGAUCAUGCGGUUUACACUGGAGUAGCAUCCCUCCUUGAAGUACUGGUGCAACUAGCACUAUAUUUGAAAACAAGGACACCAAAUGAAAUCACUCCGAAGUCUGGCAUGUUGGGUGGUCUUGCCAAUUAACCCACAAAAUUAGAAUAGGAAAUAAUGCAGCCGAUGAAAAUUGUGAGUGCACCAAACACUUGUAUAGCACCUUGCACUUGAUACUGAAUAUUUGCCAGGAAUAGGAUAGUGCAUGAGCACUAAACUGACUUUCACUCCUAGGCACUGUUCAGAUCCAUUAUGCCAUCUGUCACAUUUAGUCUUUUGAUUAAAUGCCAUUAUUGUACUACUAAACCUAUGCUAGAUACGUGGUUGAGCAAUUGAUUGUCUGCAUAUAAAAAGAAUUGCCAACAUUAGUGAUAAUUGUUUGAACCAUAUAUGUACUCUGCAUCAAUGGCAUUAUUUCAUGUGAUUAAUGACUGCCCAAACCAUCUUUCUGAGCUGCUCAGAUGAGAAAAAAGUGUCUUAACCUACAGUGACUUUGGAACUGAGAGAAACUUGGCUAAGGUUUGUGAAGUUCCAUCUGAAAUAAAUUGCCUUUAAUUAUAUGCUCUCGAAUUUAAAGACCUCUUCGGUAUAUGAAGUUUCAGGGCAUUAGAAACUCUGCCAUAAAGCUACAAGAAUCACCUGUGUUGUAAAGGCUUUUUUCUUCAGGAGUUCCUUUCCUUUUGUGCAUGUUUGUAUUUAUCCCCAAAAUUUGACAGGACUUUAUAAUUUGCUUGAAGCAGCCUUAAUUUAGUCUAUUUCAAAAGCUCUCGAACAGGCAUGCUAUCCUGAAUCCACUUGCAUGUUUGUAAGUCCUCCUGACUUCCAAUCUGUACUUACCAGCACACAAGUGGACUUGGCAUUGAGAAAUAAAUUUGCAUGCAUGACUUUGGUUCUGCUAAUAAUAAUAAUGUUAAGAAAGGUGGAGGUACAACAGUGGUUCCUCCGAACGGCACUGAACAAUGAAUGGAAAUGUGUAAGGGCUCACUUUCACUGUGUUCUCCUAGGUGUUGAGUGUGAUGUGGUCCUUCUGUACAGAUGCUGGUUGUCUGUGUGUACAUGUGUAAAAGAGAAGGCUUCCGAAUGCACUAAUACUUUCCUGUCAUCUGUGUGGAACUGUAGGCUGCCUGCAAUAAAAUGUUCUGGUUAAGAUCUCUCUAAACACUGUUGCAUUUGAAAAACUGGCUCUUACUGAGUCAAAUGAGAUGUCAGAAUACCAUACUUAAAGGAGCUGUCAGGAUAACCUUUUAAAUUUCCAGUGCUUGUUUUGAAUAACAUUCCAAAAAAAUUAAAAAGUAGUAAGAGAAGUGUAAAUUGACUUGGUUCUUGCUAUUUGUGCUGCUUGUUUCCUAUUACCAUUUCAUUUAGUUAUUUUAAUUUCCUUUUAGUAUUUAUUUUCAUUCUCUUGAAGAGAUGCAAUAUUAGGGCUACAAACAUUUACCUAGGUUUCUGUUGUAAAGGCAUUACACUCACAGUUCUCAUAAGAGAGCAUUAUGUUAAUAUAAAUGGAGGUCGUAAAAUGUUGUCAUCUUCAUAGCACUUUGAUAUGGAAACUGUCAAGUUUUUAAUACUUUGGUGAAAAGUUCCCUUUUAAGAAAUGAAAAGCACCUUUCUUAAACAGGGGCCCUUCAAGGAGAUUUUAAAUGCAAAGCAAAAAUCAAACAGGAGGAGAGAUGAGGGGAAUCAUGUCUGGGGGGAGGGGAGUAGCUAUUUUGUAUGCAGAACUGCAAUGGUAGGAAACAAAGUUUGCUUCCGGUACAACCCCAUUGACUUUCAUGGGCUGUAGAAAUGAAAGAAGAGCCUUGAGGAUUAGGCUGCCCCAUUAUCUAGUCACUUCCCAGCAGCAGUGGUAUGCAAUUCACAUGCAGUGUUCAGAUUAUAUAGCCCAGGAGGAUUAUAGGACUGUGAUUCCAGAUGAACAGUGCACAAAAAUCCAGCUGAAACUCAGUGAUGUGUUUUGCAAUGGCAAGAAAUCAUCGCUUGAAGGAUAACUGGGGUCUUUGCAGGGAGUGGCUUGGAAGGAGAUGGCGAGAUACCAUGUGCUUAAAAUCAUGUACAAUUGUGUAUAAAGUUCUGUAUGUUGCCAAGACAUGAUCUUUUUGUUCUUAUUGUAUUUUCUGUAAAUAUUCCUAGCACUAAGUUGUAAAGGCAGACUGUAAAUACAAAGAUGGAAGCUAUGUUCCCCUGUCUCUAGUACUUUAUCUCUUGUUUAGGGAAGGCACAAAGGCUUGUUUGUAUUUAUGCCAACUCUAUGUCCAGAAGAAACACAUCAGAUAUUGAAUGUAACACAAUUAGUCAAAUAAAUUUUAAAGAUAUUCUUAUGUA